CCACUUGAUAACAUAAGAAAAUUUAUCUUAACAAUUUUUUUUCUGCUUACAAUUUGGCAAAACUUUCAGUGGAAACAGAAGAUACGAGAUCAACAGUUGCUCCUGAUCCCAUUCCUUUGACACGAGAGUCCAUAGCUGAUACUAGGGCUUUGAGUAGAUGCAAAGUGAUGAGUGGAUCAUUUCAGCGGGGUCGGUUCCAGGUGAUUACAGUUCCUCAGCAACAGUCGAUGAAAGUGACAUCUUUUGGAAUAGAGCACAUACCAGCUUUCAGUCAAAUGGCAAACCAUUCUAAUGAAGAGACUCUAGUAUUUACUGAAACAGAAAAGUCUCAGUUGAUAGAAAUGGAACCUGCUGUGCACAGUCCACAAACUUCAUUUUCUUUUCAGAAGUUACAAGCUCUUUAUGAAACCGUUAAAGAAGAUAAAGGAAUUCCCAAACAAGGUGACUUCUUGUCUUUCAGCACAGAUUGUGAGACUGGUAUAUCUUUUAUGACACCAGAAAAGGAAUUGGAAGAAACUUUAGCUGCAGGAAGUACUAUGCAGCCUGAAUCUGAACUGUUGCAUAAAGAGAGAGAAACACUGCCUAUUAGGAAACAGCCUAACUCUGAUAGUGAACUUUCAGCCCCUCUUGCUGGCAAUGAAAACUCAGUAGCAAAGACUGUUCCAGAGAGUGAUCAGUGCCAUGAAGAACAAGCCUGUGUUCAAACACAGAACUCACUCUUCUAUUCACCAUCUUCCCCAAUGAGCAGUGAUGAUGAGUCAGAAAUAGAGGAUGAGGACUUGAAGGUGGAGCUUCAAAGAUUACGAGAAAAGUAAGGACUUCUUUCUUCUGUUGCCUUGGAUUUUAUAGAACUUUGUAUUUAAUUGGUAGGUAAAUAUUUAGAAUUGAUGACAUUUUAAUAAUUAAAAACUUUUUAUGAUUGAAAACUGUAAAGAAGGCUAAGCCAAACCAAAACCAAAUUCAUUGCCAUCCAGUCAAUUCCAACUCAUAGCAACCCAAUUGGACAGAGUAGAGUUGACCACAGGGUUUCCAAGGCUUUUUAAUCUUUAUGGAAGCAGACUGCCACAUCUUUAUUCUGUGGAGCAACUGGUGGGUUUGAACUGCUGACCUUCAUUUAGCAGCUGAGUGCUUUAACCACUGCACCACCAGGACUCCUCCAAAGAAAGGCAAAAAGAUAUAUAAAUGUUAAAUAUUUAUGUAUCUUAAAGUUUUAUUUAAAAUGUUUUCAUAAUUGGAGGGCUAAUUAUAAUUUGUUUUGUGUCUGAGAUUCUUGGGAGUCCCUGAGUGGUGCAGUUAAUGUGCUCAGUUGCUGACUGAAAGGUUGGAGGUUCAAGUCCACCCAGAGGCUCCUCAGAAGAAAGCCCUGGUGAUUUAAUUUUGAAAAGUCAGUCAUUGAAUACCCUGUAGAGCUAGUUCUACUCUUAACACACACGAUUCCCACAAGUUGGAGUCGACUCAACAGCAUCUGGCUUAGUGAUAUUGUGGCAAUAUGUUUUAUCAUCUAGAAAUGCUAUUUUUGUGAAAUUAGUAUUAAGUUACUGAAUUCUUUUUUUCACCCACAAAUUAUAGCAUAUACCACAGACUGUUCACGUAUCUUGCUUUUUUUUUUUUACUUUUUCAUUAUAUUUUGGACCUAUAUCUGAAUCAUUCCUUUUUUUUUUUUUAAGCCAAACCUAUUGCCGUCAUGUCGAUUCCGACUCAUAGCGACCCUAUAGGACAGAGUAGAACUGCCCCAUAGCGUUUCCAUGGAAAGGCUGGUGUAUUCGAACAGCCAAACUUUUGGUUAGCAGCCAAACUCUUAAGCACUGCACCACCGGAGGCUCUGCUAUUCUGUUAUGUGGAUACACAAAAAUUAUGUACAAGCCUCCUGUCAUCCGCAUGCCAUUACUUUGAA